UUCUAAGAAAUGGCAUGUGGCAAAACAUUAUGUGGAAAGAGGUAGCAGUAGGAGAUAUUGUGAAGGUCACCAAUGGGCAACAUCUUCCAGCAGACAUGAUCAUUGUAUCUUCCAGUGAACCACAAGCCAUGUGCUAUAUUGAAACAGCUAAUCUUGAUGGGGAGACGAAUCUUAAAAUACGACAGGGAUUGUCUCAAACUGCUAGUCUCCAGUCAAGAGAGGAAUUGAUGAAGAUAUCUGGAAGGAUAGAAUGUGAAGGACCCAACCGUCAUCUUUAUGACUUCACUGGAAACUUGCGCUUAGAUGGUCAAAGCCCAGUUCCUGUUGGUCCAGACCAGAUCUUGCUAAGAGGUGCACAACUGAGAAAUACUCAAUGGGUCUUGGGUAUUGUUGUAUAUACAGGACAUGAUACAAAACUCAUGCAGAAUUCAACCAAAGCACCUCUGAAGAGAUCAAAUGUGGAGAAAGUGACUAACGUGCAGAUCCUAGUUUUGUUCUGUAUUCUCCUGGUGAUGGCCCUUGUGAGUUCUGUAGGUGCCUUAUUAUGGAACAGAACACACGGUGAAGUCGUCUGGUACCUUGGCUCCAAUGAAAUGCUGUCUGUCAACUUUGGAUACAAUCUGCUGACAUUUAUAAUCUUGUACAACAACCUUAUUCCUAUCAGUCUUCUGGUGACAUUGGAAGUUGUCAAGUUUACUCAGGCUCUUUUUAUAAAUUGGGACAUAGAUAUGUAUUAUCCUGAAACAGAUACACCUGCAAUGGCCAGAACAUCAAACCUUAAUGAGGAACUUGGGCAGGUAAAAUACCUGUUUUCUGAUAAAACAGGUACUCUAACGUGCAAUAUAAUGAACUUCAAGAAAUGUAGUAUUGCUGGAGUGACAUAUGGUCACUUUCCCGAGCUGGAAAGAGAACGUUCAUCAGAAGACUUCAGCCAGCUACCUCCUUCCACCAGUGAAUCGUGUGAAUUCGAUGACCCAAGAUUGCUGCAAAACAUUGAAAAUGACCAUCCCACAGCUGUGCACAUACAGGAGUUCCUCACUCUGCUGGCUGUGUGUCAUACUGUUGUUCCUGAGAGACAAGGAAAUAAAAUAAUCUACCAGGCCUCCUCUCCAGAUGAAGGGGCAUUAGUGAAAGGAGCAAAAAAACUGGGUUAUGUCUUCACAGCACGGACUCCACAUUCAGUCAUAAUCGAUGCCCUGGGAAAAGAAAAAACCUUUGAAAUUCUUAACGUACUGGAGUUUUCCAGCAACAGGAAGAGAAUGUCAGUGAUUGUUCGAACUCCAGCAGGACAGCUACGUCUCUACUGCAAAGGGGCUGAUAAUGUAAUAUUUGAGAGACUUUCAAAAGAUUCCCAGUAUAUGGAGCAAACACUGUGCCAUCUUGAAUACUUCGCAACAGAAGGUCUUAGGACUUUGUGCAUUGCUUAUGCAGACCUGUCAGAAAACUCUUACAGAGAGUGGUUGAAUGUCUACAAUGAAACCAGUACAGCUCUGAAAGACAGAACUCAGAAGCUGGAGGAAUGCUAUGAGAUCAUUGAAAAG